AAACCGACUACACUGGAAGUUGUGGUCGAUACGUGGCCUGAUUUUAAAGUUAUCAUCUGCAGACCGGACCCCGAGAACAAGCGUGCCCUGAAUUUCAAUAAAAAGAUGGCAUACUACAGCACGGAUGAACAGAGUUUGAGGAAAAUGCUGACAGACGAGAAUGCUGUUGAUUGGAGCACUUAUUUCAUGAUAGGAGGGAUUGAUGUUUCCCAUGCACCAAUGCUUAAACAAGUGUCUUCUGACAGAAGAGUGAACCACAAAGUCUAUACUUUGGUGCAUCUUCUGUAUUUGCCAGACACCAACCAUCUCCACAUGCCAGUGGUUGACAGUGAGCUUGAGUCGAGGAUUUCGUCUCUAAACCUUUCCCACGUUGACUUGGUGAAUAAAACCUGGAAGUUUGGAGGAGAUGAGAAGGGUUACAGGACCAUCGAAAACCUAAACAGUAACUUCCCAUCAUGCUGCAUCACAGACAGCCAGGGUCAACCCGUGUCCUGGAUACUUGUGUAUGAUUACUGUGCUCUGGGAAUAUUGUAUACGCUGCCAGAGCACAGAGGGAAAGGCUAUGCCAAAAUCCUGAUUAGCAUUUUAGCCAAGAAACUCCAUGCUGAGGGUUACCCGGUGUACUGCUACAUAGAAGAAGACAAUGUGCUGUCCUACAAACUCUUUAAAAACCUGGGCUUCAUUGAGGAUCCUUCGUACAGGGCUGCAUGGUUAGAGUUCAAUUUUUCAGAUUGGAGUCAACAUCUUUGAAAUGUACGUCCAACAUUUUUAUCAGGUCGCGCCUUCUUCAUUUAUAAAAAUAGAAUUCAAAUGAAUGCAACCCACUUAUUUAUAAAAGUGUGAUCACUUCUGGUCUGUUUCUUGGAGAAGACACUGUUUCCUUGGGGCUUGCUUUUGGGUCAAGCCAACUUCUCUGAAUUUCAUUUUGAUAUAUUUAUCAAAAUAUGGUGUGAAAUGUCCACUUUUUCCCUAUUUCAGAAUAGUAAAGAAACUUUCCACAACUUCCUGGAUCAACUCCAAAAGUAAUCUUCUCUAAAUAGGCUCAAUCCCCACUUUUGAUAACUUUUUGCCUAGAAACAAUCAAAUCAAUCACAUUACCUGCACAACAGAGACAAUGAUGUAAACUUUUGAUAAUAUUAAAGCAUUUAAAGGAGAAGUUUAAAUAAAACAGAGCUGCACUGAUUUAUACUCAGUAGCUUCAUAUUGUUCAUUAAGCUGCUUUCUUUAAGGGGGUCACCACGCCGGCUCAUUAACCUCAAUCUGAGCUUUGGCUACUCUGUUGUGGAAUUAUCCUGAUCUGCAUAAAGACUUUCUUCCUGGGUUCCUGACACAACCCUUUGCAUUUAUCUGGCUAAAUCAGCUGUGAAUCAUAAAAAACAACUAACAUUAUAAUUAAGUACAAACAUUUCAAACUGAAGCUAAUAUGCUUCUAAAAAUAGGGACAGUUUAGUACUUCAUUAAAAACUGAGGGGAGCAAAUAAAGCUAACUUGUCUGUGUAACCAUGAGGUAGGCAAGACUGGAAGGUUCUCUCCUGUCUGUUGACCAAGGCUUGAGGAACCAGUUAAUGUUCACAUCUGAGUAAAUAUGAGACAGUUAUGUGAUCUGCUGGUGAGGACAGCUGAGCGGGGUUAAUUAUGUUAUUAGCGGAGAAAUGAGGUGGAAGAAACUUAUUUUAUUUGGCAGCUUUAUAAGCCAAAGCAGGGUCACCAAAUUCAGUAAGGUGACCCAAUAAAAUGAUUCCCCAGGCAAUGAGGCUUACAAUCAAACAUUACAGGAGCCAGAAGAUUUAACAAAAAGAACAAUGAAAGUCGCUCUUGAUGUUUGCUGGCUUGUAUAACAAUGAUUAGCAAAAGUGUAUCUUUCACAACUUCUCCUUUUCUUCUGCUGUGCAAUAAAGAAGUGGUCUAUUGUUGGAUGUCUUUCCCACGUACGCAAUGAUCGUUAAUUUUAAACACCAGUGCAAUUAAUACUAUCCAUGGUUCUCCAAAGUGAAAGACAUUUAAUUGAAAUCUUGAUGUCAUUUAUUACUGCUUAACACAAAACAGACUGUGACUGUAUUUAAAACUUAACAAAUAUAGAAUUAAUGAGCAACAGGGACGUUGAGCAUUGGUGGAGGUGGUAACAAUGAUUUUCGUACGUUCUCUUCAAUUAUACGUCUAGAAAGUGUGAAUCUCGGCAACCUCAGCCUGGAGGAAAACUCCCCUUAGCAUUUACGUCCACUUCACAUCACUUCCACGAUUUCCAGAGUUUCACACACUCCGUCUUUGAUUUACAAAGACGCACAAAUGUCUUUGGAACUGUCGAAAGAUCAUAUUUAAAACAGCUGAAAACGAGCAGAAGAGAUAUUUAUCUCGGUCACAGCAGAGUCCACAGGGAGUUUCGUGUGCUGUAAAUAACUAUUUACAUUUCAUUGAUUGUCAUCAUUGCCAUCGCUUUUUAACCUGUAAAGGUUAAAGUGUCAGAAAACUGUGUAACUAUUGUGGGAUUAUAAUGUUAUUUUAUGCCAUGUUAGACCCCGAAUUAA